AUGGUUGGUUAUCCGUACACAUGGGAGAAGGGGAAGGGGACAGUCAAUUGGAUGGAGGAGAGGCUCGAUAAAGUUCUAGUGACGGAUGGGUGGCAGAGUAUGGUGUUGGGGGCAAAAGUGAUGAAUCUGAGAACCCGGAAGUCUGAUCACUCGACACUCUUUUUGGGGAUUCAAGACUCCGCUGGGAGUGUUGGGCCUCGUAGGAGGGGUUUUCGUUUUGAGAUGGCCUGGUUGCACGAUGAGGGGUGCAGGAAUGUGGUAGAGCAGUCCUGGCAGGAGGGGAGGGGCCAGGGGUUACAGAACUGUAUUCAGUACUGUGGGACCCGGUUAACACGAUGGGGUAGAGACCGGUAUCAUAAGUACGGAAAACGGAUCAAUGAACUGACAAAGGAGCAGCAGCGACUAAGGGGGCGUACGGACCCGGCCUCCCUUGCUGAGUUCCAGCGCCUAGAACAGCUGUUAAGCUGUACUGAAGCUCAGGAGGAUGCCUACUAG